AUCGCCCUGACAAACAAAGAUAUCGGCCAAGAAAUUCACAUCCUCUUCAUCAUGAUCCUGCUCAGUAUCACGAUUUUCUUCUGCCACUCCCUCAUCCGACUCUGCAUGCUUAUGCUCAACCCACCCCGCGAAGUCGAACGCUAUGCCGUCCCCAACCUCACUGCACCAGAGGGUUUCCAGCCCGUCGUCCCCAUCCCCGUGCGCCUGGCGCGCGACGACGAGAUCGACAACGACGACAACGACGACGACAUAGAGGAGGGCGACGACCUCGAGAAGGAGAAACUGCCCCCUCCCCCUCCCGCGUACGGGCUGUGGCGCAGCAGCGUAAGGGUCGACCCGAACCUGCUGCACUGGCAGCGCGUGGAAGAGAACAGGGCCCAGUCCGCCAUCUCCAUGCCCCGGAGCAGAGAUGCGUCUGUUAUUGCGGCCUCGACCCGCGAUGCGCCUGUCGCUGAGCCGGUCAGUGCUCCGCGGCCACCGAGUUAUGUCAGUGAGGAUGGCGUGAGCUAUAUCACUGAAGCUGCACCCAGGAGCGUUGCGCCGCCUCAGGAUGGGCCUGCGCCUGCCAUACACCCUGCAUGGCGGACGAGCUAUGUCAUGAGCGAGAUCCGGCCAGGCGAGGUGCCUGCGUCCAUGGGCCGACGCUGA